CGUCACAAGAAUCCUUGGAUGUUUGUAAACAUAGACACGUUGGAGAAAUCUUCGGUAUUAUUAUGCGGAUUAUUUAACUGUACAGUUGUUUUCGGUAAUACGAACAAUAAUGGAAGUUGAUGACUUUCAACACCAGGAACCUGAAACUGAAAUGGAGGGCAGCAAGCGGGAAGGCACCAAGAGAGGAAGGAAACCUGGACGCAAAGCCAAGUCUGAUAUGAAGGCCAAACUAGAACGGAGUCGGCAGAGUGCUAGAGAAUGCCGUGCACGUAAAAAGCUGCGAUACCAAUAUUUGGAAGAACUUGUUGCAAAUCGUGAGAAGGCGGUGUUUGCACUACACAGAGAAUUAGAUCAGUAUCGUCAGUGGGCAAAAGAAAUAGAUGAAGGAAAAAUCCCAGAAGGUUUUCAGAAGUUAAUUGAAGAAGAAAAGGUGAAGAAGGCAGAAAACGAGUGAUAUUAUGGAUUGUGGAUAAUCAUCAACAAGAAAGCUCUUGAAAGGGCGAGAAGUAUAACAAUUGCCUGCCAAUUUGGAUUCCAAGACAUAGAUAGGUCAAUUUAACACUGAUAUGAAGUUGAUUCCAGGUUAAGAAAUUCUUGGGUAUAGUUAUAUCUUUAUAUACCAAAGAUCUACCUGCUUGCUGCCUUCAAAAGCCCAUCAUGCUGACUAUAUUAUGUAUAUUUUAGUUCUGAAAAUAUUAGGUGGUGUUGAGUUUUUUCAUUUUCAUAUCAUACUUAUAUUCAGCAUUUUUAUGUAUCCUUUUUUAUGUAAACAAAAAUAUAAUUAGAAUUACGUUUCAUUCAUUAUCAUUUCAUGUUCACAUGAAAAAAAUGGGAAGUAUAAAAGAUAUAUAUAUGUGCUUAUAUAGGAAAGUCAAUCUAAUUCUACUUUUUUUCUAAAUUUAAAGACUUACCUACAAAUUAUUUGGUAUAUUAUUAUUAUAACAAUAUCAAAUAAAGUACUAAA